CAGAGCACCUCGUUGAAACAGGUGGCGAUACCGAAGCGCCUGCUGGCAGCGUGACAGAUACUGGAGAUGGUUCGGACUUCCGUGGGUCACAUUGCUUUGGUGCGCUUUCUCUGGCUCUGCCCAGUUCUUACACAACCUCGUAUGUACGCAAACGUCCGCUCCAACUCGCGAUGCCUGCGUCGCAUUCACAGACUGUUUCCUGUUGCCACGGCAGCCAUGCCUCUAUGGCAUCGUUCCUCCCGUUCAUCAGGAACCAAUCUGUCGGCCAUCGAUGUAGGUAGUCUCCGAACCUUUAGCAUCCCUGCAAGUCCUAUGAAUGUGGAAGGCAGCAUUGAAGUAGACGCCGCACGCUCCGAGCCAGCUAUCGAUUCUCAGAAGCGGCAAUCUGUUGGGAUUUUUUGGGAUUUUGAAAAUGUUGGGCUGCCGGCAUCAAAUGUGAAAGCUUCGCCCAUUGUCCGCACUCUAUGCACGUUUGCACAAACUUACGGGACAGUGAAAGCCUUACGAGCGUAUAUGGAUAGUACUCUCCGAAAGAGUUCCGAAGGGGUCGCGUUCGGAGCGGCAUUGAGAGAACUUGGAAUUGAUCUCAUAGACUGUCCGCAUGCGGGCCGGAGGGAGGUGGUGGACAAAGGAAUCAUCACCGAUCUCUACGAAUUCGCACUCGACAAUUCGCCUCCUGCGACGAUCGUUCUGAUCUCCGGGGACUCGGGUUAUCUCGGUGCUGUGUCAAAAUUGAGUCUCAGAGGCUACAAGAUGAUCGUGGUCACUCCUGCGAAUACAAAGCAGACGUACAUGAUGUCGCAGACCACCGAAGUGUGGACAUGGCGAGAUGGGAUCGCUGAAAAUGUAUGCAAGUCGACUCCUGGCGAAUCCCUCCCAGGCAAAGUCGCGGCCCACGAGAAACUGAAGACUACUGAUGAGGUGAUUAAUGCAUUCAAGAUCGGUGAAAGCAAAGCUGCAAUCUCCCUCACAGAUAAGAAACGGAAGGCCAAGAUGGAACUUGAGACCAACGUGCCAUCUCAUUUUAGGCCUUUGGUCCAGAUUCUAAAGGAACGAAUGCAGAAAGGUUUCCCUGGGGUCGAGCGUUCGGAGUUGCAGUCAAUUAUCACGCAACAUUUUCCAAUGAUCUAUGCAGAGGCCGGCGUUCCAGGACUCAAGAAAUACAUCGCAAAAGCUCGGAAAGCGGGUGUUGUGUUGAAGAAAGACGGUGUUGUAUCUUUGACCCCUUGUCUGCGGUGAUUUUGUCUCGUCAUUAUGGAUGUUCUGACUUUGCAAUUGAAUAUGCAAGCGAUAGAUUUUUUUUAA